GCCGGCUUGGUAGUUGGCUGUGGCCCAAAUUUACAAAUAUGAGUGACUUGUAAGCCAAUUGAUUUUUGGUUGAACUAGUAAAGGAACAAACAUACACAAACAUCAGCUCUGAUCUUCUCUACAAGACAGACUAUGAACCUCUGGAAAAGAGCUUCUGGAGUGCUGAAAGAUCAGACCAGUAUCUGGUUAACAUCUUUCUCAAAGAGAACAUCACAGAGGAACCCUGACAUCGAUGUCGCGGUCAUUAAAUCCACGAGCCACAAUGACUCCCGGGUUGAUUACCGGAAUGCUCAGAGAGUCUUUGCAUGGGUUCGGGUCUCACCUGCAUACCUCAAGCCUCUGGUAUUAGCCAUUGCUGUGAGAAUUCAGAAGACUCAUAGCUGGGUAGUUGCUCUCAAGGGCUUGAUGCUAAUGCACGGGGUUUUCUCUUGUAGAGUCCCUGCGGUCCAGAUGAUUGGGAGGUUACCAUUUGAUUUGUCUAGCUUCAAGGAUCGGCAUUUUAAGCACGGGGAGAAGCGGGAUCAUGAUACUUUUGUACAGGCUUAUUAUUGCUUUCUUGAUUGUAAAUCUUCAUUCUUGUAUGCACAUUCACAGGAGCAAUAUAAAGGACAGCUCAGGAAAGUUGCGGCAGAUCAGGAUGAACAAAAAACAUCAACAUCGAUGAUGCAGUGCCUUAAGUGGCUUCAAGAAAUGCAGGUUUUGCUUGAUAUGUUGAUGGAAAUCAAACCAAGAUCGGAGACCAUGGUGGAGAAUUUGAUUCUUGAAGCUAUGGAUUGCGUGAUCAUUGAGAUUUUUGAUGUUUAUAGUAGAAUAUGCAGUGGUAUCUCUGCAGUUUUGUUCCAAAUUUGUUCGGCUGGGAAGGUGGAAGCAUCAAUGGGACUCAAAAUUCUGCAUAAAGCAAACGUGCAGGGGAAAGAACUCUGUAUGUACAUUGAAUUUUGCAGAGAAUUAGGUGUUAAUAAUGCUGCAAACUUCCCGGGAGUGAAACACAUUGCAGAAGAAGAUAUAAGGAUGCUGGAGCAUAUUAUCAGCGAAGCUACGGAUAGAGGUAAUGAACAAAACAAUGAUACAGCAGAAGGAUCAUUAACUAUGGUGACACUGGAGUCCAAAAUAGACGAGCAAAAUGAGUCGGGCAGGCAUAGCUUGCAGACGAGAGUGACAGAGCAAUGGGAGGCCUUCGAUGAAGAUCAUUCAAAAUUUUUUGUGAUGGGAGAAGAAGUAGCCAAGUCGAGAGAAGAACACUUGAAGGCAUUGAUACCUUUGAUUGACAUUCAUGCUCAUGGUAAUAAAACAGAGUUCCCAAACCUCAUUAGUCUCUAACUAUACAACUACUCUAUUUCCUUUGGCAAGAAUCAAGAAUCAUAUACAAGUGUAUGUAAUUAUAUUAUGCUUGCAGUUUUUUCUUCC